GUACAGAUUAUCUAUGUGUGUGGCUUCCGCUCUGUAGUGCAGACGCCACAGAAAAUAAAAGCUAUAAAAGGGGGCGCGCCCUCUGCCGGAGCUCAGAAUUUGCUUCUGCCGCGACAGCCCAAGCAGGCCGAGUCGAUUAAGCCAAGCCGGCCAAGUGCAAUGGCGAACAGGGCCAGUGGAUCAAGGUCCGCGACGGCGGCCACUCUCGCGACAACGCUCCUCUUCUCUGCUCUCGUCCUGUACUCCGUGAAGCCGGACACCUGGCGCUUCUUGUUCCCGUGGCAUCCCACGCUCGCAGUUUUGGCGUUCGGCCUGGUCACCCAUCCGGCUGUGCUGUUGGUGCGCCUGGGCCGAACGCGGCUGCACUGGGCGCUGCAGGCGGCGGCCAUAGCGUGUGCCUUGCUCGCCUGUGUGGCCGCCUUCGUCCACAAGGCCGGCUUGAACAAAGCGCACUUCACCACGUGGCACGCGUGGACGGGACUGGCCGCCCUGCUGCUCAGCCUGGUCGAAGGGAUCGUCGGGGUGGCGGCCCUGACGCUGCGCGCGUCCACCGUGGGCAAGCAGUACCCAUGGUUGAAGUAUCGCAUGCUGCGGCGCGUCCACCGUGCGAUGGGCCUGUCGGCGCACGGGUUCGCCACAGCUGCCAUGGUUCUGGGACUGCGCUCGAACUACGGCCGCCAGGCGCUGGCGCAGGCGCUGGGCACGGAGAGCCUAGUGCUGCAGCUCGUCGUUCAGGCGCUGGCAGCUGCGCCAUUCGCCUCCGUCGUGCAACAUCUCUACAGAGGACGCUAAUGCGAUGCCAUAGGGAAAUAAAGUUGAUUAUUUCUUUUCUUCCAUAUAUAAUGACCGCCAACGCAAAAUGGUGGCGUACUCAUUACGGUGCCUAAGUGUCUAAGUGGACGCCAAGUGUGUCAUGUACCUUUGUACCUGCCUCGUCAUUCCUCAAACGCCGCGCAAUAAAGAUUUUGAAAAUCCGUAAUGUACCCGUGUAUGCAAUAUAUACCGCCAUCCCCAGAGCACCCAACUAGGCAUAAGAAAAUUAGAAAGUUCCAAUGUUUUAAUAUAUAUAUUGUCAUAGUAAUUUGCGUACUGUUGCUUUGGUCGGGCUAAUGUGCCCUAUAACUGUCAACAACAAGAUUCCUGACUUAAUUGAAUCCGUUAGGGGGACUAUGAACAUUACACAAUUCAGGAAACAAGUAGUAAAUUGAAUGCGAUUCUGUCUGGGAUGUGCUGAGCUUAUUUAUUGUGUUCAUUGUUUAAUAUGCUCAUUGGUGUUUAAUGUAUUUAAUGUGUUUCAUAUUGCAUUUAAUUAAGCCUGUAUUGCAACCGAUGCUGAUCAGGAUGCAUUUUGUAUUUCUUGGUGAGAAACAGCUCUGCUUGUAUCUUUGUCUUACAAUAAUUGUUCGUUUAUUUUUUGUUUGUGUAUGCAUUACUGUAUAUUUCCCUGCGUUGCCAUGCUGCACCGGCCUCAAGUGCCUCACGAAGAGUGGGACAAGUCAGAAGACACUGUCUUUUUGUCUCCUUCGACGGCAUUUUGCGAAAUUUCCAAAUAAAUGAAGCGAAAUA